AUGAAGGAGCAUAUUGAAGAGGGCGAUGAUCCACAACGUUCACUUGAUAUUAAAGGCGUGGAUAAAGUGCACGUGCUGUUUGGCGGUACUAAGCUGCUAGAGGCUAAGCAUAAAGACAGCAAAGGAGUUGUGUGCUACGUGCUGCGUACGGGCUUCUCCUCGUCUCAG